AUGGCUCGUGCUGCGAAUUUUUUAUACAUGUUUCAUUUUGCUGUGGAUGAUCUGGUUAUCACACGCAUCAAUCGAUGUGCACCGGUUGAGUAUGCGACCUGUGUGGAGAUCACGUUCCGCAACAGCGUCUAUGUGGAGAUUUGCACGCCACAGCCACAGUGUGGCAAGUGUUGCAUCUUCGCACUAGAGUCCCCAGUGACACCGGAUGAUCGCCUGCAGAUACAUGUCUAUAAGAAACGUUCCAAUAAAUGCAAAUUUCUGCUUGGCUUAAGUGAACUGGAAAUAUAUUCACGAUUUGAGAAGGUUAAUAGAGACUUUGAUAUAGAAAAUGCGAACUGGUCGCUUAACCUACAGAUGAAUAAGUUGGAAAUUCCCACAUUGAAGGAUUCCAAUCAUGGUGUGUUGGACAGAUGCGAUUGCUUCAAUUCAAGAUAUCCACGCUUCGAGCAGCUGUCUCCCACAUCGACAAUGUUCAAAACAAUGUUGCCAUUGUUCAAUCUCUGCAGGCAACAGACCGGAAAUCUGGUGUUAAUAACCCGUCUAGUCGCCCAAGGACCCACCAUAGUAUCCAGUUUCUGUAAACUUGGAAACAAGUAUGUGCCUUCCGAAAGUUCUCCAGAUCAGAAUACCUGUUUCAUAAGGUCGAAUGAUGUUCACAACCAAAAGUGA